AAUUACAGACAUAGCCUGCUUUGAUUAGAUAUGAACAACUUAUGCAAGACACCUGUCGUCUUACUGCAUGAAAACGAAGCGAAGCAGCAGACGCACGUUGAUGGUUAUGCUGCAAAGCGCAGAGACGAAUUCUACCUACAACAUUUAAAAGGUACCGUUUGUUCAUUGGAAGCACCAUCGCAUAAAUCGACAAAAUGUGGAACAGGAUUACGCAAUAUAGUUGGAUCCAAUCCAGACUUCACUGUGGAUGGAUUUAACUAUGACAAAAACAACAACAACUGCAGCGAUGGAUUGCUUCAAGGCAAUAUAUGCAAACAAAAUGGAAGUUCAAAAACCAAGAAAACUUCUUCUGGAUCCUCAAAAAGACGACGAAGUAAUGGAAGAAAAGUCGCCAUAGCUGCACCAUCCUCUAUUAGAUCUUCUGUGAGCAAAUUAGGAAGAUGUGGUUUUGGUUCAACCAAGCGCAGUAGUGGAGAUUCAAAGAUUCAGAAUUUGGCCAAGAGGUUUAGAAGCAGUGAGUACUUGGCAAGAUCCCCCAAUCUUUCUGAAAAGCCAGGAUUUCAGAAUGAUUAUCUUGGAAUGAGCGAGACAUGCGUCAUGUAUGAUGAUUAUGUUGUCAUAGAGAAAAGCUCUGAAAAGUCCUAUGUUCAUUAUUAUGAAAAGUGGUCGAACGAAUCAGAUAAAAGUUCUCCAAAUGCAAGCUUAGCAACACCUGAUAGCACACUGUACUGCUACGAGGAGGCCGCAUUUGAUGAUAAAUCGGUCACUGGGUGUGAGUUUAGUGAUAUUGGUCUUGCCAUCUUUGCCGUGACAUCUCUGGAUAAGCUGGACAUCCGCGAUGUCUAUUGGCAGAUGAAAGCAAAAGAAUAUUACUCUCAUCCUAGCACAUCUCUUUGUGAACAAAAAAUCAUAACCCAGCGCUGUCGAUUCAUCUUGGUGGAAUGGUUAGUGAUGGUAACCCACCAUUACAAGAUACAAGGUGAAACAUUACAUCUUGCUGUAAAUAUUCUUGAUCGAUAUUUGGAGAGAGAAUUUGUCACAAUAAGAAAGAAAUAUCUUCAGUUGAUUGGAAUCACUAGCUUGCUUAUUGCUGCUAAACAGCUUGAAGUUGAAAUUCCACCAGUUUCUGCCUGCUUGGGUCUUUGUAGAAACCUCUACACUCGCCCACAACUGCUAUCAUUGGAGCGUGUUCUGUUGAUCACAAUAGGAUUUGAUUUAAACGUUCCAUCAUCACACUUGUUCUAUGACACCAUUAUCAGCAUCCAUUAUGAUGUUUACGUGCAGAAAUGUCAUGUUGUGUUGGUGAAAGAUGAACCAGCGGAUGUACAAGAAUAUUUCAUUGCUUUGCUUUGUCUUGGUCGAAGUUUUCUUGAGAAGGGUCUCACCAACUACCAGUUUGUGCAGUUUCCUCCUUCUGUUGCUGCAAGAGCUGCCUUUCGUCUUUCUACUUCAAUUCUAGAUGAACCUGCAUCUUCUGUUGGGUUAAAAGUCUUCCAAGAUUACUCCUGGCCAAAAUAUGAUUCCAGGGCAUCUUUUAAUGCUGGUUCCUGGGAUGGAGUAACCAUCACAGAGGAAGAGCUGUUGGAAUAUGAAGAGGAGAAUGUCCUCUCUUGUCUCCACUCCAUUAGAUCCUUGUAUGAUGAAGCUGAGCUGAAGAGUUUCAGUAGAUCAACAGCUGCGUUUGUUCCCAAGUAUCUCUACUGAGGUAUGGUGUAAAAAUAGCUUAGCAAAUUGAUGGAUUAUUUGGAAUGUGUUUACCAAGAUUGUAAAUAUCAUGUUGGACAAUUUGUGUUUUCUGUGUUUGAUUACUUAUCUGCCUUGUUACCGUUGUAGAAAUUUAGGUAAAAUUUAAUUCACUAAAAAAAUUGUCAGUUAGGUUCAAGUUUUCUUUGUUGCUUAUUGUUCUCUUACUUUCCUUAUUAUUCUUGUUGUUUGUUUGCACUUUAUCGUCACAAUUCCUUCUUUCUUUUAACUCGGACGGUGUCGAGUUUACCUAUCCGAUUGUGACUUCAGUUUGGACAAUUUACUUCUUUUCCAACUCUUUAUCCCGGGUAAUUAACCGUGACCCCAUGUUUUAUUAAAAUAAAUCAAGUACAGGUGCAGUAAAUAACACUAACACCAUUAUUACCCAUUAUACACAUGGGCGUAUACAGCGAAUAUUUCAAAGUUCGGAGGGAAUAUUUUAGUGUCAUACAGAUUUGCUGCAAUAGAAAACUUAAAAUUAAUGAUCUUUGAAUGUUGUAUCUAGUAAUGCUUUAGUUGCAAAUUGUGUAGCGUGAUUUGUUUGAUAUUUCUUCCGGUACUGCCAUGACCAUUUUCUGCAGUGUUGCCUAUGCUGUGAGUUGGCUGUUUGUUUCUUUGUGUUGUUUGUUGUUAUUUCUUCCAUAUCUAAAUAAAGCAGAACAAGCAA